CGCUUCUAAACUGGUCGUGAUGACGAUAAGAAACACAUGAUUGCUCGUAAAAGGGCUCGGGCCGAGGUUGAUCUACGCAUUUCGUAACUGGGCCGUUUCGCGUUCUGAUUCUUAUUGUCAUGUGGUCUUUUGCUGCAUGCGUCACAGGAGCACCUGUUCCGAAAAGCUCGUUGUCGCCAAGGAUUCCAUUGUCAACCCCGGAGAUACCACCAGUUCCCGACAGCAUAACAUUCAUCGUGCGAGUCAGCCGUCGACAUGGUACCAAACCCACCGUCAGCGCCAAGCGAUGCGCAACUCGAUCAAGUGAAAGAAGCCGUCCGCGCGCUUCUGCACCAACCCGACUAUGAUGAUGGGUCUGCUGGCCCGAUUCUCGUCAGACUGGCAUGGCAUUCGGCUGGCACAUACUGCGCGACAACGAACACGGGCGGAUCUAACGGAGCCGGCAUGAGAUACGAACAAGAAGGCGGCGACCCAGCAAACGCCGGCUUACAGCAUGCAAGAGCCUUCCUCGAGCCCAUUAAGAAAAGGUUUCCGUGGAUCACAUAUGCCGAUCUUUGGACCUUGGCCGCCACCGUGGCAAUCAAGGAGAUGGGAGGUCCAGAGGUGACCUGGUCAGGGGGACGGACCGACUUUACAGACGAAAGCAAGAUACCACCGCGAGGAAGGCUUCCCGAUGCAGCACAGGGUGCAGACCAUUUACGCUUCAUAUUCUAUCGCAUGGGGUUCAACGACCAGGAAAUUGUCGCUCUGUCAGGAGCGCACAACCUGGGGCGAUGUCACAGCGAGAAUUCCGGUUUUGAGGGGAAAUGGGUGAACCAGCCGACUCGAUUUUCCAAUCAAUACUUCAAACUCUUGCUCGUCAACGACUGGAAGAAGAAGAAGCUCGACAAUGGCCUGGAGCAGUUCGUCUAUGUAGACGAAGAGGUUGAGCUGGAAGACAACGAAGAGCCCGAAGAGCUCAUGAUGCUCCCUACAGACAUUUCUCUUCUCUCUGACCCUAAAUUCAAAAUUUGGGUAGAAAGAUACGCCGAAGACAAGGACUUGUUUUUUGAUCACUUCUCGAGAGUGUUUGCCAAGUUGCUGGAGCUUGGCAUAAGGCGAGAUGCCAGCGGCAAGGUAGUCAACGAUGAGAACACGGAGGGCGGAUACAGAAGCGCACCGAAGAAGAGCGAUGUUGCCCAGGCGCCCCAAGACCACGGUCCAGGCCAAAUUGGACACGAAGCGAGAUCGCUACAAAAAGAGAACGAAAAUUUUCAGCAAAGGAAGAUGGGGGCCAAACUGUGAGAUGUCUGUUUGUGCACUAUACAACAGGGUGCAUUGAGGAUUGAUGAAGGACACCAGGCAAUCCGGUUUGUUUAGAUAAUAGACAGAACGAAUAACAUAGAGCAACACCACCUACUUUGGUCCUUAUUUCAGGUGCUCUGGUCAAACGA